CUCUCUCUCUGGCGCAAAGGAGGAGAAUGCCCAAGAGGAAAAGAGAGGAGAUGGGCGAGUACGAGCUCAUCCGGCAGGCGAGGAUCGAAGAGAAUCGCAAGCGAAUGCAGGAGCUGGGCCUGGGCGCCCUCAAAGAAUCCAUGUCCGCGGACAUUGCCACCAAGAAAAGGAGGCCGCCGCCCACGCCCGCCGUCGUCCGACCCUCUGGACCCUCCAGGCGAUCGGCAAGGCUCCAGUCGUGUCCGGCUCCUUGCUAUCGCGAUGUGCAAGAACGAAGCUCCUCUCCAUCCGAGCGCCGCUCUCGUCGUAGUGGGCGCCUUGCAGGAACCGGCGGCCCCAUCCCGGAGGUGUACACCCAAGAACACGAGAAGCUCCUGGGCUGCGCCAAGGAGGAGUGGCAGCUCUUCGUGGAUGGCUACAAUGGAGGGGAGCGAAUCUACGACGCCUUCUCCGGCAAAACAUGCCACCAAUGCAGGCAAAAGACUGUCGGUCUUCGCACCUUUUGCUACGAGUGUGAGUCGCUGCACGGCCAGUUUUGCGGCGACUGCCUGUUCAUGAGAUAUGGAGAGAACGUCAAGGAAGCUCUUGCGGACAAGAGUUGGAAGUGCCCGGUGUGUAGAGGCAUCUGCAACUGUAGCAUCUGCCGGACCAGGAAAGGCUGGGCUCCCACUGGGAAUCUCUACAGGACGGCUUUGCGGAUGGGCUACAAGUCUGUAGCACAUUUUCUCAUUCUCACGCGGCGUGGUGGCGAGGAAGGGAAGGAAAUUGAGCUUGCUGGUGAUGUCGUGAAGGACGGAGAGCUCGAGAGUGAGGACGAAGACGUGAUCAAGGAUGAGAGCAAGAGCAUCAAGAAGACAACCCAGGGGAAGAAGAAGAAUCAGAAGGCCAGGGCUCGAGCAAAGAAGAAAGUGGCUGCUAAGGACACGGUAUCUUCCGAGGACGAGGCUCCUGUGAAGCGGGAGCUUAGAUACGGUGGCGAUGAGGACCGGGUGAUUCUGGUGAUAUCGGACUCGGAAGAAGAUGGCGAGGAAUGCAACAGGCAGCAGCCAGUGGUGGCGGUGAAACAAGAGCGGCAAACGCAGCAUAUCGCCGCAAGGCUCCGCUCUCGAAGAGUUCAGCCCUCCAGAGUGUGCUGAUCAAAGUUAUCUUCUUUACGUUAUCAUGUAUAGCGAUUCUUAACUAUAUUGUCACAUCGGAUGCCGGAUAGUUCAUGCGGUGAUGUGGUCAUGACAGGUUUAA